AUGGACAAGGACAAGGACAAGGAUAAGGGCAAAGGAAAGGGCAAGGGCAGGCACGCCGAGCAUGCAAAGCUGGGGCUGUUCAAUGAGCUGGGAUCGCAGGUGUCGCCGCCAAUCCGUGUGCUGCUGGUUGAAGAUAACCUGAUUAACCGUGGGAUCAUGGAGCGGUUCCUGCGGCACAUGAAUGUUUCGUACGACGUGGCAUCGAACGGUGAGGAGGCGAUCCGGAUGUGGACGACAGCAGCCGAGGAGCUAGGGUCGCUGGGUCGCAUGCCGAUGAUCGCUGGGCGUGGACCAUACCACAUUGUAUUUAUGGACAUCCGCAUGCCCAUCAUGGACGGCAUUACGGCCACAAAGCGUAUCCGCAGCUUGGAGCGCUCCAAGCGUAUUGGUGUGUGGAUGAUGGGUGGCAGCUACUCGAUGCUGGCGCCGGUUGCAGCACUGAUGCGCGAGGUGGCGGGUGGCCAGCCGCUAUCAUCAGGAGCACUGACGCCGGGAGGAAUCCGGUCGCCGGUCAUUAUUGUGGCAUUGACAGCGUCGUCACUGCAGAGCGAUAGAAGUGAGGCACUGGCGGCUGGGUGCAACGACUUUUUGACCAAGCCUGUGAGUCUGAUCUGGCUGCGCAAGAAGAUAAUGGAGUGGGGAUGCAUGCAGGCGCUGAUCGACCACGAUCGGUGGAGGCUGUGGCGCCUGGAGCAAAACAACGAGGUCAACAAGGCUUGA